ACGACACACAGUGAGUCACACACCCCCCCCCACACCCCCUCAAAAACACCCCCACCCCCGGCAGAGGCUCGGGCACUAUAACUCGGAGGAGCCCAUGGCAGGGGGACCCCCGCCCAGCGGCCAGGCAGGUCAGCCUCCACCACCAUGAUGGAAGAGGAGCCCCCCAACUCCGGUGAAGGCCAGCAGGGCUGGUUCUCGGCCAGGAAUGGCAGCGACAGCUCCUUGGACCUGGAAUCUAUGGUGGAACCCCUCGCCUUGAACCCAUGGGAUGUCAUCCUUUGCGUCUCCGGGACCAUUAUCUCCUGCGAGAAUGCCAUCGUGGUGGUGGUCAUUUUCUACAGCCCGGCUUUCCGGGCUCCUAUGUUCCUCCUCAUCGGCAGCUUGGCCACGGCUGAUCUCUUGGCCGGUUUGGGGUUGAUCCUCCACUUUGCCUUUGUCUACUUCAUCCCGUCGGAGGCAGUCAGCCUGCUCACGGUGGGGCUCCUGGUCACCUCCUUCACCGCCAGCGUCAGCAGCUUGCUGACCAUCACCAUCGAUCGCUACCUGUCCCUCUACAACGCCCUGACCUACUACUCGGAGAGGACGGUCACCAGGACUUACAUCAUGUUGAUCCUCACCUGGGGAGCUUCCAUCUGCUACGGGCUCCUGCCCGUCAUGGGCUGGAACUGCUUGAAGGAGCCCUCUGCUUGCAGCGUCGUCAAGCCCUUGAUGAAGAACCACCUCAUCAUCCUCUCGGUCUCUUUCUUCAUGGUCUUUGCGGUGAUGCUCCAGCUCUACGUGCAGAUCUGUAAGCUCAUCUGCCGGCACGCCCACCAGAUCGCCAUCCAGAGACAUUUUCUGGCCAGUUCCCACUAUGUCACCACUCGGAAAGGCAUCUCCACCUUGGCCAUCAUCCUGGGCACCUUCGCUUCGUGCUGGCUGCCCUUUGCCAUCUACUGCCUCCUCGGGGAUGAGAGCUCCCCGGCUCUCUACACCUACCUCACCCUCCUCCCGGCCACCUAUAACUCCAUGCUCAACCCCAUCAUUUACGCCUUUAGGAACCAGGAGAUCCAGAAGGUGCUGUGGGCCGUGUGCUGCGGGUGCUUCUCCUCCACCAUGCCUUUCCGCUCCCGCUCGCCCAGCGACGUCUAACACGGCCCCCCCAUCCCCACACCGGUCACUUACCGCUGUUGGGGGGGGGGGGGUUGUCUCCCCCCCAGCUUUUCCUUCCCAAAGACCCCUGGCAGGAGCUCUCAGCAUCGCGCCGCUCUUCCCAUCCCCAUCCUUUUGCGCACAACCCCUUCUCUUCCUCUAUUUUUCCACUUUUUGACUUUACGGGAGAGAAAAACAUACUUUUUAGCCACGCUAUAAUCUAUAUUGAUGCGCGAGAGAGAGAGGGGGGAGAUCCUCAUAUUUUCGUUAAAACUCUUGAUGAUGCUUUAUUUUUUUAAAGGGGGGGUCGAAUCCGGGCACGGUCGCUCCCCUAAUGCUUUUUUUCUUUUUAUUUGUUAUUUACCUCCGAGAGUUAAAAUAUAUUUUAUACGUUUGGGGAAGGGGGAAGGGGAGAGAUUCAUUUGCUGGAAGAGGAGGAGGAGGGAUUCAAACCCAUCCCUUUUCUCCCAUCCAUCCAUCUGUUUAUUUAUUAUUGUUUAAUUAUUUAAGAUGAUUUCACCGCUGCUCUCCCAGGGUUGGGGCUUGCUGCCCUCUAGUGCUCGCUUCCUUUGGGCAGAGGGUGCUGCAGCAGGCUCUGCACC